AUGCCAUCGGGCAAAAUACGGUUACUCUUAGUGACCGUUAUUUGCGGCGCUUAUUCGGUGCUUGCUCAAGGUGAUUCAUAUGACGGCGUUAGCUCAUAUGACACAGUUGAAAGUUCAUGCAAAGUGAAUGAUCCUCUAUCGUGUGAUCAGAACAAAAGUGAAGUGUGCACAUUCAAAGACGGUGCUUAUAAAUGUGAAUGUCCAACGGGUGUGAAUCGACUUCCGGACGGUCGAUGCAUUUUGAUCGAUGAAUGUGCUGAACCACGUCUCAAUGAUUGCCAUGAAAACGCUAGAUGUCUUGAUCAGGAUGAAGGCUACAUGUGUGAGUGCUUGAUCGGAUAUGCGGACGUUUCCGAGGAUAUCACACGGAAGCCAGGACGCAUCUGCCAAGCUGAGAUCAACGAAUGCUUGGAUCCCGCAAAAUAUCAUGUGGACUGCUCAGAGAAUGCUGCAUGUCAAGAUACUGCCGAAAGUUACACGUGCGUAUGCAGACCAGGAUUUGCGGAUAUCAGUGCAAGAUAUUCACUAUUACCUGGUAGAAAAUGCGUUGAAGUGAUUAAUGAAUGUGCAAAUGGCGAAAACGAUUGUUCGCCGAAUGCGGAUUGCAUUGACCAACCGGAUGGCUAUCUAUGUAAGUGCCGUGCAGGCUACGUAGACGCAAGUCCGAAUGUUACUCACUAUCCAGGCAGAGAGUGCAACGCUCCAAGAAGUCCAGAAUACUAUGGCUACUCACAGCAAAACAUUCCGGUCAGUUUUUAA